AUGUGGCCUAGGGAGCACAAGAGUGUUCCUUUUCGAGAUCCCUCAUGGCAGUAUGAGUUCAAUCGGUGCGGAACGUAUAUGAGCGAGGAUUCAGAGGGCCUUGGUGCAGAGGCGACGGCACUCUACAAGGAUCUGCUUGAAAGAGAGCAGCCGCUUCCCCUAAAGUCCUUAUUUGACGACGAUAUCGUUGGCGAAACUUGCGAGAGGAUCAGGUCCAAAAACGAGAUAACGCUAUUUCGCGACAUCACUCCUCUGAUUGCGCCGUCAGUUGACCUUCUCGCUAAUGACAAUCCCCAUCUGGGAUUCUUGUGCGAAUCCACAGACGAGGUGUGGUCAAGCUCGCAACCAGUCAUCCGCCUUCAGCCGCAGCCCAGCUACGGCGUUGGGUUCUCUUCCGAGGCCUUCACCGAAGAGCAGUUUUUCAAAGCUACGGAUUUCUUCGACCAGAUCUGCGCGGCGGAGACCUCGCCCAUGAUGGCCACGCCUGAGAUGUACUUCCCCUGUUUCUCAUUGGAAAUCGGGCCCAUUGCCUUGGCCGAGCGUCAGAACGUACACAACAUGUCAGUGGCCAUGCGCGGCGUCGUUGAGCUCUUCCGCGGAGUAUGCCGUGAGGCCGAGGUGCACCGCCAGAUCUUGGGCUUUUCCAUAGCACAUAAUCAUCGCCGGGUGGAGAUAUCGGUGCAUUACCCGGUUAUUCAUGGGGACGUCACAAACUUCUAUCGAAAGAUGAUUCACUCAUUUGACUUUUCUGAUCCUGGCUGCGACAGGUGGGCUGCGUACCGCUUUACCAGGAACCUAUACGACACCUGGAUGCCGGCGCAUUUCGCCAGGAUUUGUUCUGCCAUUGAUGAUCUUCCCCUUGAAUGGCCGGGUGGAGGACACUAUUGA